AUGGCCCGUAGGCAGGAGCGGGCAGCGGGCAGCGGGCGCUGGCUGCCCUGGCUGGGGUUCGCGCUCCUGCCGCUGGCCGUGCCCCCCGCCGCCGCCCCCGGGGGCUGCCCGUCCGCUUGUUACUGCGUGGCCACCCCGGAGCUGGUGCAGUGCCGGUACGAGAGGCUGGAGGAGCCGCCGAAGGAGCUGCCGGUCACCGUGCACAACCUCAGCAUCGCCGGCAGCAACCUGAGCGUCCUGCCCCGCGCUGCCUUCGCCGCCCGCCCGCUGCCAGACCUCCGCCUGCUCCGCCUGCGCCACGACAACAUCCACACCAUCGAGGACAUGGCCCUGCAAGGGCUGCCCGCGCUGCGCACCCUCGACCUGAGCCACAACCCGCUGCUGUCGGUGGCCGCCGGUGCCUUUGACGGCGUGCCCCUGCUGCGCACGCUGCAGCUCAACCAGGCGCUCUUGGCCGCCCCGUUGGAGGACCAGCUCGCCCUGGCCAUCCGCAACCUCAGCCUGCGGCGCUUGGAGCUGGCGGGCAACGCGCUGCGAGCGCUACCGGCCUCCCUGUUACCCGCUGGCUUGGAGGAGCUGGACCUACGCAACAACUCGCUGCAGCGGCUGGUGGCCGCCGAGCUGCGAAGCCUGGAUGCUCCGGGUUUGAGGGGCUUGAGGCUCACGUUGGGAGCCAACCCCUUGAGCUGCGACUGCGCCCUGCGCCCGUUCCUGGCCUGGCUGCGCUCCGCCGCCGUUGCCCGCGUUCCCGACGCCCGCAGCCUGCGCUGUGCUGCACCACCGGCGCUGCGCGGGGCUGUCCUGCUGCGCUUGCGGCCCGAGGGGCUGGUGUGUGUGGAUGCUGAGGGCGGAGAGCCCGGGAGGUUGGAAACGGCCUCUUAUGUCUUCUUCGGCAUCGUCUUGGCCCUCAUCGGCAUCGUGUUCCUCAUGGUGCUCUACCUGAACCGCCGCGGCAUCAAGCGUUGGCUCCAUAACCUCCGCGAGGCUUGUCGUGAUCAGAUGGAGGGAUACCACUACCGCUAUGAGCAGGACGCUGAUCCACGCUGCUCCAGCGCCGGCACCCCUGGCCUCUGAUGGCAUCCUCAGUAUCCCACCUUCCCUACUCUGGCAUCAGUCCACCAUGCUGCACCUCGACACCUCUGCUCCUGGCAUCCUCCUCACCCCAUCCCCAUCCUGAUCCUCAUCUCCAUCCCCAUCCCCGUUCUCAUCCCCAUCCUCAUCCCCAUCUCCAACCUCACGCCCAUUCCCAUCCCAUCGUCAUCCUCAUCCCCAUCCCAUCCCCAUCCCCAUCCUCAUCCCCUUGCCAUGGCAUCACUGAAAACCAGUGUCUGAGGAUGAGCCGGCCUUGGGGGUGGGUGCUGGGGUGCAUCAGAGUGGGGUGCAUCCUCCCUGGAGGGCUCUGGACCAGCUCUCCCUGCCCGCACUCCAAUCGACCCUGUCGCACUGAUUCCAGAAGCAGAACUGGAUCCAUUCCCCCCAUCCCAGUGCCUGCGGGCAGGGGGAAGCAGACUGUCCCUGCUGGAUGCCGGCUCACGCAGCCCCGGUGCUCCCAGGAGGAUUAGGAGCAGCUUCCCAUGGUUUCUCUGGCAGACUGCGGGAUGCCACAGUGAGUGUUUGCUUGGCGCAUCCUGGGAAGCAGCAGGCCAUACCUGAAACUGUCCUCCUGGAUGUUCCUGGAGCCUGGACUUGACUUUGACCAUGUACAGCUCUCUUUCCUAUUAGAUUUCUAUUUGAGAGAUGCAAAACUUCAUCUCCUUAUGUUCUCACCUUUUAUUUUGCUUCAGACAGAAGAAACGCUCCAUCAGCCGCUCCCCCUGGGAAGCAACAUCCUUUUCAAAGCCUCUUUAUCCAUUUCAUUUUGUUCAAUGACAUUCCCAGCUCUUCCCAUGCAGCUGGGUAGGAAACUCCUCUGGCUGCGUGCAUGUUCCCCAGCGCACGCAGGGACAACCCUUCUCUGACUCUAAGAUAUAUUCUAGACCAGUGUCUCAGCACUUUGUAACUUAAACCGAGCCAACCCAAAGCUCUCGACCUCCUUCACCCGCCCGUGUUUGCUUUAGAAGCUGUUAUGUAUCCUAGAGCAAAUAUAUCUAAAGCUGCAUCUGC